AUGGCUGCGUUAAACAAAGAGUUCUUCAGAGAAGCACAACCGUCAGAAUUAGCGAUAUUUGACCUUCCACCGCCACAGACAGCUGUCGAAAACAUUUACUAUCAUGACGUGUUACCGUUAUCUCAAAUCACGAGCGAUUCUGUAGUAGAAUUCGUCGUUUCCGGACAAAACGGAUUGGAAUUACUAGAUUUACGGAACAGUCUGAUCUAUGCAAAGACCAUAAUCAAGCAGAUGACCAUCCCUACUGGGACAACAAACUUCACUUACGAUAAUAUAUUCCAAGGUGUGAGACCAAACCUCGUCGUAGUUGGAUUCGUAAACGCCACCAGUACCACCGGUGACUACGAACAGAACCCCUGGGUUUUCAAACCCUAUAACGUCACAUCCCUAGGAGUCUACGUAGAUGGAAUACCAGUCGGUGGAAACCCCAUAAAACUCAAGUACAGUGCAACCGGCGGUCAGACCACCAUUCCAGUCCUUAGGACCAUGUUACAAUCGACGGGGAAAUGGCUUGACGAUACCGGUUCUGACAUAGAGAGGGACGACAUUGCAAAAGGUUAUGCACUCUACACCUUCGAAUUGGAACCUACCUUUCAAACCAAUCAAUAUCUCACCUUACUCAAACAAGGGAACGUCAGACUAGAGUUCAUCUUUGGGACGGCAUUUACGACAGCGGUGUUCUGCAUCAUUUACUGCGAAUAUCCGGGUUACUUUGAAAUCAACGCUGCGAGAGAUAUAGUGUUACCAUGA